UCGGGGGUGGGCUGCCCGGCGCUGAGCCGCUGCCCGGAGCCACCGGCGGGCCUUCCGCUGCGCGCCGCCUUCCUUCCGAGCCUUCACCGUGUGGCUUCGGUUAGCCACGCGCGCCUCCUGCUCCUACGAGCUGUCCUCGAGAGGCGCCACCACUUCCAGCCGUGCUGAAAGGCCGGAUACGGGCCUGGGCCUAAGCGCGUUGGCAAAGAGGGCGCAAGAGACAGCAGGCUCUGCUCGAGGUCUUGAGGGCUGGGGGUUGCGGCGGCUUUCCAGCCGGUAGGCCUCGUUGUGUAGGUUGAUGGCUUCACAGGGUGUCAGCGGAGCACUGGCCCAGCUGGAAGUUCCAAAAUGGCCUCAUUCACAUGACUGGCAGUUGGUGCCGGCUGGGGCUGGGGCAGAAUGGAUCACAGGUCAGAAGCCUUGAUCUUCUCCACGUGGACCUCGCUACAAAAGCCCCUCACACACUGGAGGGUAUAUUCCAGGAAGGAGCAUUUCAAGAACAAGAAUCACCAUGCCUCUGCUACCGUGACCAGGAAAGAAGUCACCACCACUGCUUCAGGAAGCUGCUGAGCCAGGAAGCUGGUGUGACCAGGAAACCAGUCUGCCAUGACCCGCACCAGCAAAACUGAUGCCUCACCUGCUGCCUUUCUUGGUUCCAGGUUCAAACCUAUAGAAUCAAUGCUUGAUUUGGCUACCCAGAAAAAGAAUUAAGAUACGAUAUGAAGAAGAACUUCCAAUAUCAACAUCCUCAGAAAGAGCUGCUCCAGAGCAUGGCCACCAACAAACUUCAUCACUGGAAUGAAGCUUCCUGGAUAGUGAAGUUUCUACUUCUAAUUUUGGUGAUAACAUUCAUACAUGCACACACUGCACAAGCUUGCACUAUUACAGCUAGUGUGAGCAGUCCUCCAUAUUUAGGCCGAGGAGUAGUCCUUCAGUGUGUAUCCACCUGUUCUACUCCUGUAAGUCCUAUAGUAUGGAAAAAAGAUAGCAAAGAGAUAUAUAGACAAAAGUAUGGAGGAAAGCUUGGAUGGAAUAAUGCAACUGAUCAGUCUAAAAGAGAUAAUACUCGCUAUGAUAUUUAUAAAACAGUUUUGACCAGAAAUGAUAUUGGCAAUUAUUCUUAUGAGAAAUAUCAAAAAAGAUCUCCUGAUAUAUUAUAUAAAAGUAGUUAUGUCUACUUAGACAUAUCACUCUCUCCAGAGCGAGAAUUUUCUUCACCUAAUAUGUGGCUACAACUUGCAAGUCGAAGACUGAACAAGUCAUCUUUUUGUGUAGCAAGAGAUUCCUCUAUUAGUGGAUUAUUAAAGGAAAAUUUAAUAGGUAUAGGACUCCCUUUUUCUGUUUUCACUAAUAUCUCAGGAAUAAACAUUACUCACUCUCCUAAAGUUCUUACUUGUGAACUUCAAUUGAACUUACCUGUCAGUACUACUAUAGUUUCUGAAUGUAUAUGCAUUAAUUGCACUCAUAUUCCUUCUUACUGUAAUUCUACUAUUCGUGUAAAAUGGCCUUUUGGAUAUAGACUUCCAAAUGGCUGGGUAUUUUUAUGCAAUAACAAAACAUAUCAAGCCUUUUCUUCACAUUAUCAAGGUGUUUGUGGAGUAAGACGUAUUCUUCCUGCUCUUAUAGACCAUCCUGGAUAUAAGCACAGACAGAUUUCUCGAGCCCUGUCACCUGAUUGCGAUGACAACUUGAAGUUGUUGGAUCCUAUUGUUGUAGCUGUCGCUGCUGCACUCAUCUUACCAGUUCCAGGACUCGUUGUAGGAAUGCAGAAUGAAAUAUCCAAGAUGGCCUGUGCAUACAGUAAAACAACAAAUCUGACUGCUUCUGUUUUAUCUGAACUCAACCAAGAACUGGGAGAAGUACGAGUUGCAGUACUUCAAGACCGCGCUACUAUAGACUCUUAUCUAUUGUUAAAAGAACAUAUGGGAUGUGAACAGUUUCCAGGCAUGUGUUGUUUUAAUUUGUCUGACUUUUCUCAAACUAUUCACAAUCAUAUAGACAAUAUUCAUCAUAUUAUUGAUAAGUUUUCUCAAAUGCCUGAAUUACCUAAAUGGUUUUCUUGGUUUCACUGGAUAUGGCCAGUAAUUGUAGGCCUGUUUCUUUUGUGUAUUUGCCUUCCAGUCUUGAUAGCCUGGAUGCGUCAUAUAGUCACCAGUUUGUUGAAACCAAUGCAUGCUUAUGCUACUUUCCUGGAAGUGAUGUCUAAAAAAUGAUUGUUCUUUGUUUGCAUUGUUACUCAUGAAAGUCCGUGCACUAAGUCUUUGUAUUUUGUGAUUUCUAUGAUUAAGGCUGGACAUAAGAGUGAGAGUAUGAAAACAAACAUCAGUCUACUCCUAAUGCCUCCUUUUUCCACACGUUCUCUCCCUGUGUGGCCCCAGGAGAUGGCUGGUUAGCCAGAGACGGGUAAGAUUCCUCAUGGGAGGAACAACCUAAGACAGGCACAGUCAUAAAGGGUCAACAGGUGAGGAGGUGGGGGCCAACUGAGGCGAGGCUUAGAACCUCGUCCCCCCAUUUACAUGAGGCAUUCUCUGCUGCUUUUGUCCAGCUAAGUUGAUAUUUAAAAAAUUAAGAACGGAUCUUUCGCUUGAGUUACAACAAUCAUUAUCUUGAAGCCUUUUAAAAACAAAAAGGGGGAAAUGUGGGAAUUAUAUGGAAUUAUAUUAUAAAGUAUGAAAAUCAUAUGUAUAAGCACUUUUGCCUUGAUGGUUUGUUUAUGGUUCAUGAUUGUAGUCAAGACAGAAACAGUAGCCAAGACAGAAAGAGUUUCUGUGUUCGUUCACCAUAAGGAUUUGUUCGUUAUCCUUCAGAAAGUGAAACUGUUGAGAGUUGAACUUAAUUAAUGAUUGUGCAUGGAAACCCCAAUAUUAUUGUUAACAACCAUUUUAUCAAUAAAUAUGAGAGAUGCCUUUUUGGCACCACUCUUGUGGGGUCACGCCUUGAGUCCCCUGGCUGAUCCUUAAGAUCUUCGACGAACAAUUGCAUCUCUUCCCUCAUCUGCGGGUCAGAGACAGGGAAGGGACCCGACAUACCUCCCUGCUUGAAAUUUGGCAUUCAAGAUCCUUGCCUAAAUGUCAACCCUCAUCUCAGGCUAUUCCCUGCCAUGCGCAGGACACUCUCACAGAACAACUUUUAGAUCCCUCCAAAGUCCAGGCUUAUCCAUGCCUGUGGGUAUACAACUCUCUACCUGAACUGCCUUUCCUUGGCUCAUCUAGCUCAAGGUACCCUUGAAAAUAUCACCUUCUCCCUUAAGUAUUUCCCCAAUAUUGAAAUAAUGACUCUUGUCUCUGUGCUAAAAUCUACAAAUGUCUAAAGUAGAAUAGAAUGGCCAUUUAUCGAUUUAGUACAGUGUUGGCAAACUAGUGUGUGUCAGAAUUACCCAGAAGGCUUGUUGAACAUGGACUGCUGAUCUCAGAGUUUCUGACUCUGAUCUGGGGCAGUGUCAGAGGAAGUAAUGGAGAGGUUGUUCCCUCUAUUGGUCUGGAGAAUGUUAGAGCACACAUAGAAGCCUUUGCUAAAUUCACCCAACAAGGCUUGAAUGAUGGCCAACAAAACCUGCUGUGACUGAGCACUGAAAUGUCUCUAAUAAGAAAAGCUGUCCUCCAAAAUAAAAUGGCCUUGGACAAUACUAUUCCCCGUAAGAAAGCACCUGUGCCCUUUAUCCAAACAGAAUGUUGUGUGUCAUGCCUGGUAAGUCUGCUUCACAUGAGAACGCAAGUGAAUACCCUGAGUAAUCCAACUCCCAGCCUAGGGGACUUAUAAAUCGGUGGUUUGUAUCAUGAGGAUCUUAGUGGAAAAGACUGUUAUUUAUUUUAGGAAUCAUUAUCUUAAGCUGUGUUUUCUCUUACAUGUGUCUAUACUGUUGUUUUGGCAUCUGCUUCCAAUGCAGCCAAAUAGCCACUAAAUGAGCCACACUGAAGCUGGGGAAGCCCCUUGCUAACCACUCAGGGCACAUUGCAAAAGAGGGAAACAAAUAAGAUUGUAAGGUGGAUGUGGAGUAUAACAACGAAGCAAAACUGAAGGAACAAAAUAGCAGCAGAC